AUGGCGAAUUACGCUAGAGACAAAGAAUAUAUUUUGAAGCAACUUGCCAUGGCUAAAGAAACAUUAACGAAAUUAAGGGCCCUUACUGAUUCAAGGAAUUCAGUAGACAGUCGGCUCAAUGGACAAAAUGGAAGUUCUUCGCCGGGCACGGAAAGCGUGAAUGGAUUUGAUGACUUUAAACAUGAGAGCGACGAAAGAAGUUCUGGAGUAGGGAUGGAAUCGCCGCGUUUUGAUUUUUACACACAAAACACGAAUUUAGUGAGUGAUAAAUCGCAUGUUGCGCGCGAUAGUCUUGUUAGAGUGCUGGGUUUACAGGUGUCUAAAUUGGAGGACGAUUUGAAAGUCGCCCUGCUGGAGUAUGUUGAACAAAUGGAAGCACAGAAAGAAGAAUUAAUCUCCAGCUUUGAAACAAUGCACGCACAACUUUCAAAACAUCAUGAAAUCUGUCAAGAACAUAACAGAGAAACGGCAGAAAAAGACGCGUGUAUCGAACGUCUUAAAGUUGAUAAACAUACAUUAGAAUUGGAAGUAGAGAAAUUAAGAGGAGAAAAUAUGCAUUUUAAAGCUACGGGUGGGCACGCACGUGAAAACGGUUACAAACUGUCGCCAGGUUUUGUUGAACAUGACGAGCUGAGCGAAACACUCAUGAAGGAAAAUUCACGUUUAAGAGAAAGGCUUCGCAAAUACGAGACAAGCGAUUAUGCGCGAAUGGAGAGGAAAGUAGCUCUUCAAGAAAAAUUGUGCGAGUCUUACAAUAAAGACGUUAUGUCCAAAGAUAGUUCACUCAAGCGCUUGAAGGCUGAAAACCGAGGUCUGCAUGAAGACGUCAAAAAUCUUCAAGACGAAGUUUUAAGAGUGAAUGCAAAUCGCCUGAAUGCAGAACAAGAUAGAGCGAGAUUGCAGCAGGAAUUGCAGUUUAGCGAGGAGCAAGUAAGUACACUGAGAGAAAAGUUGAGCAGCGCUACCGAGCAGACCAGAUAUUUACAAAGGUGUAUAAACGAUGGAAAUUCCAAGGCAAACACUUCUACAGGUAAUCUGCCUGAACUGGAAAAAGAGAUUUUAGCCUUACGAGGCAAAUGUGAAAGUUACAAAGAUAAAUUGAAUGACAAAGAAAGAUUCCUUGCUUCUGUUACUGCAGAGAAUCAAGGCUUGAAAACAGCUGUGGACACCAUGAAACGACAACUGGCUGCUGUAAGAGGCGAAGAACGUUCGCUUAAGAUCGAGAAUGAAAGAUUACAGAAAGAAAACGCAGAUAGAGAGAUUGAUCGCUUGAGCUCCGAAACAACGACUGAAGCCCACAGCAACAAGAUCUCUAAAAUGAAACAAGAACUGCACGACUUCGAAAGGAAGGUUAGCGAACUGGAGCUACAGCGACAAAAACACGAACAAAGAGAAACUGAGUUGAGCCAAGACAUGAUGGCCAAUCUGGAAAAGUACACUCGAGUUGAACAACAGUUAUAUCUCUCGAAGAAGGAGCUUACACAACUGCAAGGAUUUUACGAGUCAAGCGAGGCGAAAAAGGGGGAUUUGCAAGUAGAGUUAGAGAAUUCCAGACAAAGAAUUGUUAAUUUGGAGAGACAGUUAGAUGAACGUCGAAGAGAUGAUGAGGGGAAUGAAAGAAUGCAUGAUGUUGUGAAAGAAAACAAAGGCUUGAGCGAAGAAAAUAGAAGAUUAAAGGAAGAAUUUGAAACAAGCAAAACUGAAAUAGAGGAAUUAGAAGAGGCGUUGCAAAAUGCACGGGAACAAAAUUCCUUGCAAAGAAUGAGACUGGACGCACAUGAUACCUUGAUGAAGAGAAAGGAUGAAAGAAUUAAAGAAUUACAAAACGAGUUAGUGGUAUUACAUAAUCAAAUCGAUGAUUUGACUGACGACAUUCUCAAGAAAAACAGAGAGAUGGAUGCUUUACGAAUGUCAAAAAGGCUUCUGGAGCAAGAAAUGGAGCUGUCAAGAUCUGCGGGAAAGGUAACCGCUAAAUCUGUUUAUAGAGACGUCACAGCGAAAGAUAACUCGCCACUGUAUCCCACUAUAGACCCAGCCAGUCCAGACAGUGGGUUCUCUGACAUGGAACGAGAAAGGGCCAUUGACAGAUUAAGAAGAGAAUUCCUUUUCCAUCCUCAACAACCUAUUCUGUAUGAGGAAAAUCUUGAAACCAGCGAGGAAGCGAAAAUUCGCGAGGAUUUAGCUCUCGCAACUCGCAGACUCAGGGAAACAGAGGGAAAAUUGACAGACGUGAUUGCUGAGAAUGAGAAUCUUAAAGAUCAGGAACACGAAGCGAGGAGUUUACAACUACAAAUGAAAGAGGAACUUGCUAAAGUGAUUGCUGAAAAGAACGAGUUAGAAAAUAGAGAGAAGAAUCUCACACAGCUUUUGGAGGAGAGGAAAAGAAUUGUGUCUCUAGUCGAUAACGAGGAAUCAUUAGAAUCCAGUGAGGAGGAAGAAAGUUUGCUUGUUAUAGACGAGCAACCGAUAGAAAAAUCCUUCUUACAGCCUGUUCUAGAAACAAUUCCAGAGAACGCUGAAGUUCAUUUUCAACAUGAGCCCGUGGAGGAGAGCCUUAUCGAUUUUCUGGACGAAUCGGACAGCCUUCACUUACAAACGCCUCUAAUGGAUCCUAUCACUGAACAUCAUCAGACAACAGAAGAACUUGAAAGAAAAGUACAAGACCUCGACACACGUUCAGAAAAAUUAAGCGCGGAGAAAGAGGAAUUGUUAUCAGCGUUAACAAAUUCUCGAGAUGCUCAGGAGAAGAUGGAGCAGAGGGAAAACGCAGUUCAGGAGCACAAGGAAGAAAAACUUCUCACCAAAAACGACGAAAUGCCAGAUAAAACUCAUGAUUAUGAGUCACGUUUAGCGAAGACGAAUGCAGAGAAGGAGAAUCUAUUGUUAGAGUUACAACAAACAAGGGAAAACUUCAGGGAGAUAGAGAAAAAGUACACAGAUUCUCAGAGGAAUAAAAAGGAACUAGAAAUUAGAAAAGAAGAUCUGGCCAGUAAAAUAACUGAAUAUGAAUUAUGCUUGUCGAAAAUGAACGAGGAAAAUGAAGAACUGCAGAUGGAAUUAACACACACUCGAGAAAACCUAGCAUGGUUUGAGAACGAGGCUAAAGUUUUACAAGAUGAUAAUAACGACCUUGUGAAUAAAACGAAGGAACUGGAGGAAAACAUUCAAAACUAUGAAACAAGUUUAGCAAACAUGAAUGUGGAGCAUGAAAAGUUGUUGUCAGAGGUAACACACACUCGAGAGAAUCUUCGAGAGACGGAAAAUGAGUGUAAAGCUGAGCGUAAGAACAGGGUAGAACUUCAAAAGAUAAUGCAAGAGGAAUUGUUAGCAAAGGAUGAUGAAGUUGCUAAGUUACAAAAAGAGCUGUCGGUGUUAUGCGAGGAACAAAAGCGUUUGCAGGAGUUUGUUGAUAGCUCCAAGGAGACUGUUGCCAACGCUGAGGAGGAGUUGCUAAAAGGGCAGAACAUUAUUCUUGAUCUAGAGAAACAACGAAACAAUUUACGCACCCAGGAGAAAUCUUUGAGAGAGCUUCUGCACCAAUCGGAGGAAAGCAAUGCGAGUUUGCAAGUUCAGCUUGGAGAGAUGGAGCAGGCUUAUCGGAAAGUGGACAAGGAAACCAAAGCUUUGCAACAGCAAAUUAUUCUUGAACAACAGGGAUCUACACAACUGGAGCACCAAGUUGAAGAUUUCAGGAAAAAGGUCGUAGUGGAACAAGAAAAGCAGAAAAAAGUUUCGGAAAAUUUGGACGAAGUGCAAAAACAAAAUGAACAUUUAAGGCAACAACUGGAGGACGCUGAACAUGUUUUGGAAAAUUCUCACAAAGAAAAAGCAAAAAUGAUCUCAGCACUGCAAGAUACUAUUCGAGAAAAAGAAAAUGACAUAGAAGAACUUCGAGAAGAAUUAUUAAUCUCUGAACAACGUUAUAACGAAAUCAAGUCGCUGUCCAGCAACAAUCAAACUGAGAUUUCGGACUUACAAGCCGAGUUGAUUGAAACUAAAGAACAGUUUUUCACAGUUUCACAAGACAAGGCAAAACUUGUACGUGAUCAAAAGGAACUGGAGCAAGAAAUCGUUGAAAAAGAUGAGAAAAUAGCUGCAUUGGAGAUUGACAAAAGCGAGGCUAAAAGAGAAAUCUUCACGGGAGAGAAACAAGCGGAAGACCUUUUUGACAAGCUAAGAGAUUGCGAAAGUGAGGUCAGAAAACUAAGUGAAGAGAACAAACAAUUGAAGAAAGACGUGGAACAGGCAGUUCACAAUAACAAAGAACUGGAAACGUUGAUAGCGGAAAGCAACGAAGAGGGGAAAGCUCUUGAACAACAGCUGUCAGCAGCUCACGAAAGCAUAACAGACUUAGAAACGGCGUUUGAGAGGGGGGAAGACAAGAAUCUACAAACUGAAAAAUCUUUCCGCGAAGCCAAAGAAACAAUCGCAAAGCUUGAGACACAGUUAGAGGCAAGGCAAGACGAGUAUCGUGCUUUGGAGAGAGAUUAUAAUGAAACAGAAAAGGAACUCGAAAGAGCACAAGACGACCUGGAUUCAAGCCAGGGUAAACUUACCAAUUUAGAGAGGAAGCUGAGAGUUGCAGAGGAAAAUGUUUCAGAGCUUGAGAUGGCCAGGGACAAUGGACUUUCAAACGAACAGCUACUUCAGCAGAGAUUUGCAACAGCGCGAGAGGACAUUGAGAAAAUGGAGAGAGAUAAUGAUGAGCUCAAAGAAAAGCUCAUGACGGUGGAAAAGAAACUAGGGGAAUUGUUAUCAAGUCACGAAACAUUGGAAGACGGAAAUGAAGAGCUUGAAAAUGUCAACAGAGAGCUUCUCAAAGAACUGGAGUACGAACGAGACAGACGUUCGGCUUUAAAACAAAAAGUUGAAACUAAGGAUAGGGAAAAUGACGUUGUUCAAAGAAAACUUCAGGUGCUUGAGAAAAGCAUAACAGAAAAAGAUGACUUACAAAAUAAAAGCGUGGAGGAAAAGGUUAAGAUGAAGGAAGAGCUAGCAAAGGCUAAGAAAACUAUCUCCGAGUUAGAAGUGACGAAAGAGAAUCAAGAGGAAAGCAUACAUGAAAUCGAAGAACUUCUGAGAGAAACGCGUGGUAGGACGACGAGUCUUGAACAGCGCCUUGAGGAAGCGCUGAGAGAAAACGAUGAUUUACAUGAAGAACUUGAAGAAGUGAACAGAAAGUUGAAAUAUACUAAAGAAGAAAAUACCGAGUUGGAGAAGAUGUUGGAAAAUCAAAAACAGAUCACAGAUAGCUUUCGAAAUAAUCUUGCAGAAAAGGAGGAGAGUGUAAUGAAUUCCAAUUACAACCGUGACGCAGCUGAGAGGAGUUUGCAGUCGAUGAAGAAGGACCUCGCACGAAAGGACGCAAAGCUUAAAAUGCAAAAGGAACAGAUAGAGGACAUGGAGAAUGAAGCUGAAAAGACUGGAAGGAAAGUUAGGGAAACCGAGUCUGCAAAUAAAAAACUCAUCAAUGAAAACGAUAGACUCGCGAAGGAAUUGGCUGACGUCAAAGCAAAGAUAGUAAAGUUAGAGGCGACGCUUAAAGAAAAGGGCAGGGCAAAUUCCGAACCAAACGUUCCUGUUGUCCGUGUGUCGGAAGUCCAAUCCAACCCAAUUGCAGCAGAGAAACUAAUUCGCGAUUGGUCAGACAAACUUAGCACCGCUCAGGUCAAAGUAACGGACCUCGAAAAUGAGCUUCUAAAAGAUAUAAAGAAGCACGAAGCUAAGGUUCACCGAACUCGACCUGUCCCUCGCGAAUUGCGAAGAAGAAGCGCAGAUUACGUUCUAACGGAUCAUGGGAGGCCCAGUCGGUUCAGGUCCCGACAGCGACCGAACACAAGUCGUGACAGCUCUGUUGAUUCUCUCAGAUCAACACAGUCUAUGUUGGAUUACCUAGACGAAAGAAUCGCAGAUGAAAAUCUCCUUUCUGCAUCUGGUCCUAUAGAAUCAAGUACUGAUUUACCAAUGGCUUUGCGUUCCGAAACUGCUACUCCGCUGGCUUCAGAAACAGGUACACCACUCCCCUCAGAGAAUGCCACGCCUGUGCCCUCAGAGACUAGCACUCCAAUAGCAGAGGGGAAUGGUACUCCGGUGUUUUCAGAUAAUGAGAGCUGGUCUGGUGUUCCUGUGACGACAACGGCCAAUGCAAAGUCUCUGAACACGCCAGUUACGACACCAGAAGAAUCAAUCGAUGACAAGGAAUUCUCACCGAAGCAAGAGAGCAAGCAGCAAAAAGUUGUUGAGACGCAGUCAAAUUCACGAAGCGAGGACGUACAUUAUCUUGGCCAGAGCCUGGAGAAAAUUCUUGAGCCAAAUGUGGAUGAUCGACAAUCACUUUUCUUGGACGAGUCGUCACAGUCAGUCGGCCAAACAACUACGCCAAACAGAGAAGAGGACAGGGUAAGUAGGAGAGUGGAACAGGAAACUGAAUCUGAGAUGAAUUACCAACGGCCAGUAUUUGCUGAACCCACCGAGUAUCUUCCCAAUGAGAGAACAGAAGUAGACUCAGAGCCUUCCCAGAGCAAUUAUGAACAGUUACUAUUGACUGAAGGACAAUCAAACAAAAUGCUUCUUUCAGACAGAGGAGAAAUUAUCCCUGAUACAGGAAUACAGGGUACACCAGAACAGCAGAACACCUACGGAAACCGUUCCUUUACAGAUGGAGAUCUUCGGGAAAAUAUCUUCCAUCUUCUACCUACAAAUGAGAGAGAACAGAAUGCUGUCUAUGUUAAAACGGAAGAAGAGUCCGGUCAGCAGUUAUUGUUGAUCGAGCCACCAUCGGAGGAUAUGUUCCCGUUCAACACAUUGCCUUCAAGUAAUUCCUCCUCGAUUACAAACGUCACAGACCUCACAUUUCAAUCAGCCGGAUCCCCUGUUUUUCCCGAACAAAUGCUACUCGUUACCUUUGAUCCUUUAAACGCUACCGACUCCCGACCGCUCGACCCUUUUGAACAGCUUAUGAGAGACACUCAACACGGAGGCAAAAGGGUCCUUCGUACGAACGAAGUUGAUGACGUCCGGAUUGACUUUGAUGAUAGCACAGAUAGUUUACCCUUUGACUUUCAAGGAACAGAAAAACUGAGAACGGUUGAUCAUGAAACCAGUGAACAAACUAACAUCGUCGAUACCGAUCACGUGACACAUAGGACAAGCGGUGAUUCGCUUCGGGUCCCCGACGACCAUGGACGAAUUACUGACAACGAGCAGUUGCCACAAGAAGGCAGAAAUGAAUUUGGGCAAAUCCAGGCAAAUGACUUGCCAACUACAGCUUAUAGUGACGCCGAAUCACACAAAUCAAUUGAACCAACUCCUCCACCAAGAAAGAUGAAAGAAAAAUUGACACCCGUUUUGUUUCCUCGAGGAGAAAAUAAUUUGAACGAAGGUAAUGAAAGUAAAAACAACAAGAAAUUGGAACCAAAACCUUACAGUGUUAUGAUCAUGGUUGACGACGAAAUCGUCGAAACGCCAUUGGAAAAAGACUUAAGUCCGUCUGAUGGUGGAAAGAAGAAACCGAAAAGCCCACCUCAGCCCGCGGUUCUCCAAACAUUUACCAACGUUGAUGAAGAGGAGAUUUCUACAUCACCAAGUAAAAUAAAGAAAAGGUUACAGGAUGAAGUAAUUCAAGCACCGUCAGGUAAAAAACCUAUAGCUGCUGAUGAAGUGAAAGUUAAACCAGUUCGUCCGCCGAGGCCUGGUGUCCCUGUGCAAUUCGCCAACACGGAGAGCGAAGAUGGUUUCACUUCGCCAAGAAAAGUAGAAAAGACAUUGAAUGAGGACGAAACAUCAAGCCUUGGGGAGGAGAAAACGAAGGCAAGACCUAAAAGGCCGCCAAAGCCACUGGUUCCAGUAGAGUUCGCCGAUGUAGAGGAGGAAAACACUUACAAGUCGCCAAGUCAAAUACGAAAAGAGUUGGAAGAGGCAAGCAAGAAAGGCCAGCGUACAGUUAUUGGACCAAAGCCAACAGGACGACAGCAGAAAGCUCAGAUGGCUGAUAACAGAGCUGCUCAAUAUCAGAUUGAGGGGAAAAGGAAAGAGAGUACAGCUGACCACGCCCAGGGGGGAGAACAGGCAGAUGAGGAAGGGGAGACAAUGGGAAAGGGACGACUUUUAAAGUUGAUUGCUGCUUUUAAUAGAUAA